UGAGACCCCCCUGCUGGUUCCCGCUGGUCAGGACUGCAUUUGAGGCCCCUCCUGCCCCCCUGGCCCCUCAGAAGCGUGACGGGGACAGCCCAGCCUGACCCACCCGCAGGUGUGCUUACCCCGGCCUGGGCCUCGGCCCCCUCCCACACUGGCCCCCGCCCCAACUGCCCAGGGGGACGCUGGGGCCCAGUACCAGCGCGGGGAGGGCCUGGCGGGCUCCUGGCAGUAGGAAGAAGGCAGAAACUGGAUCCGGCCAGUGGGGAGGGACGGCCACCGGAUAGCGACCGCCAGCGACUUUUCCACGGGCCCUUUGGCCACAUCAGGGAAGCGCGGGGCAGAGGCCAAGAGGUGAGCGGCCCCAAGGGGCACCCCGGAGGAUGUAGGGGGACGCAGAGAGGUUGGGCUGGGGGCGGCAGCCACAGCCUUUGAGGGAGACUGAAUCCCAAACCGGGGCCGGGCCAGUUACACUGACCCGUCCAGGCCUUCGUCAGACGCAGAUCGCGGGGCCUAGUGAGUGGGCGGUGAGUCCAUGACCCCGGCGGGACCGGGGGGCCACGGGGGCCACAAGUGAAGCGCGGAGGAUGCCGGGCAACGGGCUGCACCAGGUGCUGCGAGUCCAGUUCGGGCUUCUCAAUGCCGCCGACCACUACCUUACGGCUGAGAGCUUCGGCUUCAAGGUGAACGCGGCGGCGCCCAGCCUCAAGAGGAAGCAGACGUGGGCGCUGGAGCCGGGCCCCGGGCAAGGCCCCGCCGUGCUGCUGCGCAGCUGCUACCUGGGCCGCUAUCUGUCGGCUGCCGAGGACGGGCGUGUGGCCUGCGAGGACGAGCGGCCGGGCCCCGACUGCCGCUUCCUGGUGCGGCCGCAGCCCGACGGGCGCUGGGCACUGCAGUCGGAGCCGCACGGCCGCUUCUUCGGCGGCACCGAGGACCAGCUGUCCUGCUUCGCCACCGCAGUGUCACCGGCCGAGCUGUGGACGGUGCACCUGGCCGUGCACCCGCAGGUCCACCUGCGCAGUGUGGCCCGGCAGCGCUAUGCGCACCUGUGCGAGCAGGAGGAUGCGCUGGCGACCGACAGCAUCACGCCUUGGGGCGUGGACGCACUGGUGACCCUCAGCUUCCACAGCCGCCAGUACCGUCUCCAGGCCUGCGACAGCCGCUUUCUGCGCAGCGAUGGCUGCCUGGUGCGGGAGCCCGAGGCGCGUGCCCACUACACGCUGCAGCUCCAGGCCGGCAGGCUGGCCUUCAGGGCGAGCGACGGCCGCUUCCUGGCCCCAGUGGGGCCCACCGGCACGCUCCAGGCUGGCCGCAACACCCGGCCCGGCAAGGACGAGCUGUUCGACCUGGAGGAGAGCCACCCCCAGGUCGUGCUGCUGGCCGCCAACCACCGCUACGUGUCUGUGAGGCAAGGGGUGAACGUCUCGGCCAACCAAGAUGAGGAGCUGGACCACGAGACGUUCCUGAUGCAGAUGGACCAGGAUGCGCCCAGAUGCACCUUCUAUGCCAGCACCGGGGGCUUCUGGGCCCUGGUCACCCAUGGUGGCAUCCAGGCCACGGCCACCCAGGUCUCGGCCAACACCAUGUUCGAGCUAGAGUGGAGAGGCCGCCGCGUGGCGCUCAAGGCCAGCAACGGGCGCUACGUGAGCAUGAAGAAGAAUGGGCAGCUGGCGGCCUGCAGCGACUUUUUGGGCCAGGACGAGCAUUUCACGCUGAAGCUCAUCAACCGACCGCUGCUGGUCCUGCGUGGCCCCGACGGUUUCGUGCGGCAGCGACGAGGUUCAGCGCACCUGGACACCAACCGCUCGGCCUUCGAUGCUUUCAGGCUCAGCUUUAGCGAUGGCGCCUACCACAUUCGAGGCCCCGAUGGCGGCUUCUGGCGGACGGGCAGCCACGGGCGUGUGCGCGGCGAUGGGGCUGGCCCUGAGGACUUUGUGCUGGAGUUCCGGGCCCGCCGCCGCCUGGCCAUCCGCACCCCCAGUGGCAAGUACCUGCGUGGGGGUGCCUCGGGGCUGCUGCGGGCGGAUGGAGACACACCCACCGGCCUUGCGCUCUGGGAGUUCUAAACCUUCUUAAAUGCAGCCACUUGGGAGGCUGAGCCUGGAACCCAAUAAAUACAGCGGACACUGGGCUGA